AGUGUUAAGAGUUACGCAUGCCCUGAGAGCUGAGAGCUCACCACCGUUGAGCUACAUUCUUCUCUGUUCUCUCCCCUCAAAAAUGCUGCGUAACAUGGGCAGCUCCGCCUCAGCCGCCGCUACGAGAGGCAUCGCCGCCAUUGUCGGCGUGGGACCCGACCUGGGCCGCUCCAUCGCCCGCAAGUUCGCCCACGAAGGCUACACCGUCGCCAUCUUAGCCCGCGACUUAGGUAGAUUGUCGAGGUUUGCCGAGGAGAUAGCCCGGGAAGAAAAGGCGCAGGUUUUUGCCAUCCGAAUCGACUGCUCCGACUCCCGGAGCAUACGAGAAGCAUUCGAGGGAGUUCUUUCCCUGGGAUUCGUGGAAGUUCUGGUGUAUAAUGUGUACCACCAGCUCUCCUGGCUCGCUACUAACUUCACCGAUAUUCGGAUCGAAAGCUUCGAAAAAUCCCUAGCCGCUUCCUCCGUCGGCGCCUUCCUCUGCGCUCAACAGGUGGUGCCGGGCAUGGUGGAAAGAGGGAAAGGGACGAUUCUCUUCACGGGCUGCGCCGCUUCUCUCAACGGCAUUGCUGGCUUUUCCGAACUAUGCUGUGGGAAAUUUGCACUGAGAGCGCUGUCGCAGUGUCUGGCGAGGGAAUUCCAGGCGCAGGGAAUACACGUGGCGCAUGUCGUCAUCGACGGCAUCGUCGGCACACCCAGGGGUGGGAUGGCAUCGGUGUCGUGGCAACAACAGAGUAGGGGCGGGGGAGGGGACGGAGGAUGGAUGGACCCUGAAGCGCUGGCACAAACAUAUUGGCAAUUGCACAUUCAAGACCGGUCUGCCUGGACCCAGGAGAUGGAUCUUCGUCCUUGCAAUUCCAGGGUGCUAUAACAAUGGAGGGGAAUACUAAGCACCAAUACUAUCUUAGUACUUAUUACUGUGUCUUCACCAGAUAGAGAGCAUGGAAUGUAUGAAUGAAGAUUGAUGAAUGUGUGUUGAUUGAUUGUGAUGUGUACUCUGAGCUUGAUUUUCAUGAUGGGAUUGUAAUUAAUGAAUGAAUGAAUUAAGAAUAUUUAAUUAAGCA